CAAUUUGCCCACAGACAACAUGACUCGUGAAGAAAUGGAAGAGAUCUUUUCAAAAUAUGGCAAGAUCAGGGCCCUCAGCAUGUACCAUGGCUAUGGGUUCGUGCAGUAUGACCGCCUGGAGGACGUCCAGGCCGCUCUGGAAGGGGAGAAGGGCCGCCUUUAUAAAGGGUAUAGAUUAGAUAUUAAGCAAGCAGUGGAAAGAAGAAAUAUGAGUAAGGCUUCAUCAAGGUCCAGCCCGGCACGAAGGGAGCCGUUUGCCUAUGGGGAUGGCCGAGAUGCCAGGCGCGACCGCUCCCCUCUGCGGGGCAGCCCGCACAGGGACGGCCGGGACGGCCGGAACGGGCGCGACAUCAGAGACCCUCGAGACAUGCGAGCUAGAGACAUGCGUGACCACAGAGACCCCCGGGACCUGCGAGACCCACGGGAUGUCAGGGACCCGCGAGACCUGCGAGACCCUCGUGACAUGAGAGACAUUCGGGACCCUCGUGAGCCCUUCUAUGAUCGAUACAGGGACCCGCGGGACAUGAGGAACCCACGAGAUGUGAGGGACCCACGGGACAUGAGGGAUCCAUGGGAUAUGAGAGACCCUCGGGACCCUCUGUACAGGCGAGAGGAAUCUUACGACCGCUACCUUCGUCUGGAUGACUACUACAGGCGCAAGGACGAGUCCUGCUAUGAGCGCUACAAGGAGCCCUUCGACAGGGCACCGGGGGGCUCGGAAGGUGAGAUGCCCCUUGGAGACCGUCUGAAGCGGGAGGAGCGGCGCCGGGAGGAGCUCUACCGGCAGUACUACGAGGAAAUCAAGAGGCGCUUCGAUGCGGAGAGGCCUGUGGACUGUUCUGUGAUAGUGGUGAAUAAACAGACAAAGGAGUAUGCAGAGUCGGUGGGGCGCAAGGUGCGGGACCUGGGCAUGGUGGUGGACCUCAUCUUCCUCAAUACAGAGAUGUCCCUGACACAAGCUCUGGACGAUGUGAGCAGAGGAGGAUCUCCUUUUGCUAUUGUCAUCACCCAGCAGCAUCAAGUUCACCGCUCUUGCACAGUUAACAUCAUGUUUGGCACCCCACAAGAGCACCGCAACAUGCCCCAGGCCGAUGCCAUGGUGCUGGUGGCGAGGAACUACGAGCGCUACAAGACAGAGUCUCGGGAGAAGGAGCGGGAGGAGAUCGCCCGGCAGGCUGCCAAGAUGGCAGACGAGGCUGUGCUGCAGGAGCGGGAGCGCCCUCCCCCCUUGGAGGAGGGGGUCAGAGGAGGGCACCCACCGGGCAUCCAGACGCUGCUGAACCUGCUGGCGGAUAACCGCUACCUCACAGCCGAGGAGACUGACAAAGUCAUCAACUACCUGCGGGAGCGCAAGGAGCGGCUGCUGAGGGGCAGCUCGGAGCCUCUGCAGGCACCCAUGUCAAGACAGUCUUUAGGGGCACCUUCAGGAUCAUCUCUGGGUGGUCAGUCCAGCCUUCCAAGCUCUCAGGCUCAUCAGGGUUCGCAGCCUCUGGCCUCUGCUCCAUCUGUGCCAGUGUCCUCUUCUACUCCCCAGCAGGAGCUUCAAGCAAAAAUCCUCAGUCUCUUCAACAGCGGAGCGGCAGCGGCAGCAGCUGCGGUGGCCAACAGCAGCCCUGCAGCCUCUGCAGGCACGGCAGGUGCCACUCCCAACCAGAACUUUGCUGGCGUGGCUGGCCCUCAGGCUCAGCAGAGGUUGCAGACUCCGAGCACGCAGCUUCCUGCUCUCCAGGGCCCUUCAAGAAAUGCAGGUCCACGGCCUGGAGCUCCCCCACCACCUCAGCCGCUCUAUGGUCAGCACCAAAAUCGCCUGCCAGCACCUGGCAACAUACCUGCUCAGAGGCCAGUAUCUUCUGGUAUCAAUUUCGACAACCCCAGUGUACAGAAAGCCUUGGACACCCUCAUCCAGAGUGGUCCUGCGCUCUCCCACCUUGUGAGCCAGACCGUGGCCCAGGGGCGAGCAGGGCCUUCAGCCCAGCAACCCAUGGGCUCCUUCCAGCGGCAUUACUAAAUCUGAGCAGCCAGGCCCUUUCCCCUCCCCUUGGCCAUUCCACACUUAGAGCUGUUUGAAAAGUUUCCCAGCCCUGGCACAGGACAGAUACCCCUGGAUUUGCAUGUCCUCUCCUCUUUGGUGAGGGUGCCCCUGGUGCUGCUGAGUGCUACCAGUGCUGCCCUGCCUCUCCUCAGGCUGCCUCU